GCCAUAUAGUUGAUUAUCACUGGUGAUGAUUCGGCCUUAUUGCGGCCAUAUUGGAUUUGUUCGACUCAUGACCGCUGAUAUUCUGAAGUGUAGGCUCUUCUGUAGUGCGUCAAAAAAUUCUAUGAAUUAUUUCCAACUCUGUUUCUAAAUCAGUGAACUCCAUAUAUAUGUUCUAAAUUCCAAUUUCACAAAGCAUGAAAGCAAUUAAUAAUGUCUGAAACUUGUGCAAAAGUCGGAAGUCCAAAAAUUAGAAAUGAGUUGGUCGAGGAGUUAAGAAAUCUUACAAAAAGCAUCAUAUGCAGUCAAUUGGACCCAGAUUUUCCGAAUCAAGUGAAGAAAGUAUGGAAUGCACGACUAUAUGAGCGGAAACCUUUGUUAUUUGUUUAUGUUGACAGUCAAAGUGAUAUCCUGGAAACAUUGAAAUUUUGCAAAAGGCACAAGCUUCCACUGUGUAUUUCUAAUGGAGGUACAAGUAUGUUUGCUCAGGAUGAUGGUGCUGUUGUUAUAAAACUUGACAAGAUGAAUGAUGUUACUGUUAAUCAAGAGUGCAAGAUUGUGAUAAUGGAACCAGGUGCAAAGCAAAGUGAUGUUGAUAAAACAACUACAAAAUAUGGCCUUGUGACAACUCUUGGUCAAGCAUCAUUUGUUGGUGCAGCAGGAUCGGGCUUACUGUUAGGGAUGGGUCUAAUUGGCCGCAGUUUUGGUUUUGCAAUUGACAACAUUCAAGCAAUAGAGAUGAUUACACUUUCAGGAGAAACAAUUACAGCAAGUGCAACGCAGUUGCAAGAACUUUUUUGGGCAAUGAAGGGGUUCGGUCCUAACUUUGGGAUUAUCACAAAGAUUCAUGCCAGGUUGCAUCCAAUCCCAGUUAAAAUCAUGGCUGGAAACCUUUAUUAUGCUUGGGAGAACAGUGCCAGAACAUUAAAGAACAUGCGUGAUUUCAUCCUGGAGAAAAAUGACAAACGAUUAGCUAUUUAUGGCAUUUUUUCGACAGAGAAACAAAGGGGCAAAAUUAUAUUGUUUCUUCGUUAUGUUUUCAACGGAGACUUGGACACUGGUCAAAAGUAUCUCGAGGAAUUUUGCAAAAAAAGCGCACCAGAUUCGUGGGAUGUCAAACCGAUGUCUUACAGUCAGUUCCAGACAACAGUAGACUAUCUACACCCUUUUGGAAACUAUUAUUUUGAUGAUUUGGGAGGUUUCCCUCUCGUGGAGAUGUCAAACGAGAUCAUUGAUGUUUUAGUCGCUCGUUAUAAUGCCCUGCCUUCUAUUGAAGAGAUGUCAGGAACUGCUUGCUAUAUAUUGACGACGGGAGGCGCUUACUCUGACGUGCCGGAAGAAUCAAGUCCAUUUUUGUAUCGAGCUUCGAGAUUUCAAAUCACAAAUGUAUGUUCAACGCCGAAUGCUGAAUUUCAAAGCAAAGUUGUAGCCUGGCUCGAAGAGACCAUGAAAUGUUUGGCUCCUUUUAAGAUGCAAGUCGAUCCAAAUGUAAGCGAGAAAGUGAUGGAAAAACUUCGCAAAGUGAAAAAACAAUAUGAUCCUGGAAAUUUUUUCAGACAUAAUAUCAAUAUCUCUCUGGAGUAAAAAAAAACUAUAGUGAAACAAAUAAUGCAAUGAGUGUUUUGAAAAUGGAAAUGAUAAAUAUACGAAUACUAUCUGUAAUAAAUACCAUCUGUAAUAAAUACUAUCUGUAGCACUUCUGGAUAAAAUGAAAUAAAAACUAGGUUUUAUAUAAACGUCACUGCAUGUCUUUCAUCGUAAUUGUCAUCUUCCUCGAAGAUCGCUCCCGCACAGGUAUCACCGCGGGAGUUCUGCAUUUGGGAAUGUUUGUCUACGUUUUGCACAAUUACAUGCACACGAGUUUGCA